AUGAAGCCGCGCUUGUCCUCUUGCGCUGUCGCUGCCUCUGCCUCCUCCUCGGCUCGCUCCUCCACUGCAGGGGGUUCGACGGCCACCGCGAAGCGCGUGAGGAGGACUUGCCCAUAUUUAGGAACAAUUAACAAGCAUAUGCUGGACUUCGACUUCGAGAAGGUCUGCAGUAUUUGCCUUUCCAAUCAACAUGUCUACGCCUGCCUUGUGUGUGGCAGGUACUUCCAGGGACGAGGGAAGUCAACCUUCGCCUUCAUGCAUGCGCUGGAACAGAGGCACUUUGUGUAUGUAAAUCUCACGACCUACAAGGUUUACUGCUUGCCGGAUAACUACGAAGUUCAGGAUUACUCUUUGCAGGACAUAAUUUACAACUUGAAUCCCACGUACACCCCUGAAGACGUAGCACGCCUGUCAACUGAAGUCUUUUACGGCAAGUCGCUUGAUGGAGCCGAUUAUCUGCCGGGGUGUGUAGGCCUCAACAACUUGAGCAAGACGGACUUCUUUGCCGUCGUUAUCCAGAGUCUUUGCACUGUCAUUCCCCUGCGGAACUUCCUGCUCCUGCUGGACUUAUCGCACAAACAAAAGUUCAACGCUGUCGUCAAAACGCUCUCAGAGCUCAUGCGAAAGAUUUUCAACAGGCGAAAUUUUAAGGGCAUUGUCUCGCCACACGAGUUCCUGCAGGCUGUCGGCGUGGAAAGUCAGAAAAAAUUUCGUAUCGGGGAGCAGGCGGACCCUUUGGCUCUCUUCACAUGGCUUCUCAACGUGCUGCACCGCGAUCAACGCGACAGAAAGACGGGAGGCUCCGUCAUCCAUGACUGCUUUCAAGGGCAGGUCCUGGUGACGAAUGCGCAGAGUGGCGAAGCCAAGCAAACACCGUUUUUAUACUUGACCCUGGACUUGCCGUCAGCUCCAAUAUUCAAGGAUUCUCUUGAGCGGAACAUGAUCCCUACUGUACCUAUUUUUGACUUGCUGCAGAAAUUCGAUGGUGAAACGGACAGCGGGCCCUCACCUGUCCAGCGAGUGAAAUGUACGCUGUGGAAACUGCCCCGGUAUUUGGUGCUCGCGGUGAAGAGGUUUUCAAAGAACAAUUUCUUCAUUGAGAAAAACCCCACAAUCGUCACUUUCCCUGUGAAGAACCUGGACCUUCGAGAAUAUGUACAUCCGGAUGCACUUGAAGACAACUCCGUGACACGUUACAAUCUCGUUGCAAACAUAUGCCAUCAUGGGAAGCCUCACGACGGGUUCUACAAGGCUCAAGUGUUGCAUGCGCCGACGAACGAAUGGCAUGAGAUGGAAGAUCUGCGUGUCACGCCUGUCCUCCCCCAGUUCGUCGCCCUCUCAGAGUCGUAUAUCCAGUUUUACCAGAGACAGGACGUGUUGCCUGACGGCACGCUUGACGAGGCACUGCGUCAGAAGUGUCUCCAGGACUUGACCAAGGUCAAAAUACAACCCGAGGCUGCGGAUGACAUCGACGAUAUUUUUGCCGCAUAA